AUGCGUUCCGUAUUUUCUGCCUUUGUGAUCGCAUCAGUGUGCUUGUAUAACUUGCAAGAUGUUGCAGCCCAAGUAAACAACACACAAUAUACCGCACAACCUCAGACCAAUGCUACUGCACAAACUCAAAACAAUGGUUAUACUUCGACUGGACAACAAAACAAUGUAAAUAAUCCGACCAACUCAUAUCAGAACACUGGACAAAGUCAAAGCAGCGUAUAUCAAAACAAGGGACAAAAUCUGGGUACAGGAAGUCAAUAUCAGACAACUGGCACGACAAACGGUGCCUACUCGGCUGGAGGCCAACCUACAAUGGUUUCCUUGCAAUGCACUCAAGGUUACAUGCCUAUCACAGAAGACGAAUUGAUGGCCAUGAGCAACGAUGCACAAAAUGGAGCCGACGCCUCUGGAACUGUAACGUCCUCAGGCAUUGGCGGCGGAUCAACUGCUGGAUAUGGAAGCGGAUCCUCUUACGGAAAUGGGGCCAAUGGCGUUAGCCCACAACUCAGUUCUAGAUCACUUCCUAAUCAAAGCACCGGAGGCGGAUCAUAUCAAAGCGGAAAUCUUCAAACCGCUCAAACCAACCAAAACACACAGUACGCGAAUAACGGAGACUCUCAGUACGGCAAUAACGGAAACUCUCAGUACGGCAAUAACGGAAACUCUCAGUACGGCAAUAACGGAAACUCUCAGUACGGCAAUAACGGAAACUCUCAGUACGGCAAUAACGGAAACUCUCAGUACAACAAUAACGGAAACUCUCAGUACAACAAUAACGGAAACUCUCAGUACGGCAAUAACGGAAACUCUCAGUACGGCAAUAACGGAGACUCUCAGUACGGCAAUAACGGAAACUCUCAGUACGGCAAUAACGGAUACUCUCAGUACGGCAAUGAUGGAAACACUCAAUACGGCAAUAACGGAAACACUCAAAGCACCAUGGCCCCAGCUCCUGAUCGUUACGCAAAAUCUUCUGGUCUUACAGAGGCCAUUUGCGCCGGCAACGAUGACGGGUCAAGUGGUUUAUGUGACACCUCUACGUGCACUGGUGCGGCCACAUGCAAAAUGUGUCAGCAACUCAUAAUCACCGAUGCGAACAGCCCCCCACAAACAGACCCAAACAUUGUUCAACAAGUUAACUGCCUUGGCAACUAUUUCAAAGCCGGUCCAAAUGACCAGGACCAAAGCAGCAUGUGCACAGACGCCAAUCAAAAUAUGUUCACUUGUAAAGGAGGCUGCGUGGGGGAAAUGACCUGUGCAAGCUGUAUUUCACAGCAAGAUCCCGCGUUACAAGAUGGUAAUAGUGGACAACCAACUGGUACCCAGACUCAGAGUACUCAAACCGCAACUGCUCAGAAUGGCGCUCAGAAUGGCGCUCAGAACGGAGCUCAGAACGGAGCUCAGAACGGAGCUCAGAACGGAGCUUCUCUAGCUGACAACGUAAUAAAUCCUCAAACUGGCCUUCCAAAUAUCAACUAG